CAGAAGGCAUUGUCAUGUAAUGAAGUGGAUCUGCGCACUUCUUGCGCUGCUAUCGUGGUAUUUUGGGUAUAAUUCCCCACGCUGUCUGGGUGGAGAUCCACGCCACGGAAAAGUGAGUGCUUAGAUACAUCACUGGCAGUGAAUAAGGAGGCCAUUCUCCUCGAAUAUCUUUUCUCGGUGAGGGGUGAGGGUCGGCUGCUGUGGUUUUUGUUCCUGCACAACGCAUCAAGCUCCUGCAUGACCACAGAAGUGAGACCCUCCAGACCACACAAUGUCCUCCCCUCAAGAUCGCAGGUCCCCCGGAGGUAGAGGAAGAGGGGUCUCCCCUGGACUCCCCACCACGAAAAAGCCUGGAAAGAAGGGACAGCCGUCACCUCAGGGGGGCCCCAGCCUCCAGGAAGUGAAGAAGAGGGGCCACCGCAUACGGAAAACCCCCGAGAGGGACAUUUCUCACCAGCUGGAUGGACUGGACCUGAAUAAGGAGUCUCCUGCGGAGGGCACGGGUCUGGUGUAUGAUGACCGGAUGACGCAAUUCUUCUGCCUCUGGGAUGACAAGUUUCCUGAGUGUCCCUCUCGUCUUCUGGCUGUGAAGGAGAAGCUGGUGGAGUACGGGCUGCUGGAGCGCUGCGUGGCGGUGACGGCGCGGGAGGCGUCAGAGGAGGAGCUCCUGCUGGUCCACAGCCCAGACUACGUAGAGUUAAUGAAAUCGACGCAGAAGAUGACAGAGGAAGAGCUGCGAGCGCUGUCAGAGAAGUAUGACUCUGUCUACCUGCAUCCGAUGUCCUUCACGGCUUCCUGUGUGGCCGCCGGUUCUGUACUACAAUUGGUGGAUAAGGUUAUGAGAGGGGAGGUCCGGAACGGGCUGGCAGUGGUCAGGCCCCCCGGGCACCACGCUUACACUGACCAGAUGAACGGUUACUGCAUGUUCAACCAACUCGCCAUCGCCGCCAGAUAUGCCCAGCACCAGCACGGUGUACGGCGGGUUCUCAUCGUGGACUGGGAUGUCCAUCAUGGACAAGGCACACAGUUCAUAUUUGAGCACGACCCAAGUGUCCUUUAUUUUUCCAUCCAUCGCUAUGAAAAUGGAGAGUUCUGGCCUCACCUGGUGGAGUCGUCUAGUGCUGCUGUAGGGAAGGAGAGGGGCAAACAAUAUAAUAUAAAUGUGCCCUGGAAUAAGACGGGAAUGAGCGAUGCGGAUUAUAUCACCACCUUCCUGCACCUCCUCCUGCCCAUCGCCUAUGAGUUCCAGCCUCAGCUCGUGUUGGUGGCAGCAGGAUAUGACUCGGUGAUCGGAGACCCUAAGGGGGAGAUGUCUGCUACCCCAGCAUGCUUUGCACACCUUACCCACUUGCUCAUGUGCCUGGCUGAGGGAAGACUCGUGCUCGCUCUGGAGGGAGGUUACAACAUGCGCUCCCUGGCUGAAGGUUCCUGCGCCUCUGUGAAGAUUCUGCUCGGAGACCCAUGCCCGAUGUUGCACCAGCCUUUCACACCCUGUGAGAGCGCUCUGGAUUCCAUCUCCGGCGCCAUAUACGUCCACAGGAAAUACUGGAGGUGUCUGCAGGACCAGGAUUUUACCAUAAAGCUCGAGACCGUCAGUGGGAAAGUGACAGCAGGGGAAAAGAGCGUCGGGCCCCUCCGCGAGGAGUCAGAAGAAAACAUCAUGAAGGACGCGGUGCGGGAGGCAGUGAGGAAAUUAGCGGAGAAGCGCACCGGCCUGGUGUAUAAUGAGCAGAUGAUGGAGCAUUAUAACUUGUGGGACAGCGGUCACCCCGAGCUCCCGCAGAGAAUCGCUCGGAUAUUCAAGCGGCACAAGGAGAUGGGGCUGGUAGACCGCUGCACCCGUCUUCCCCAUCGCCUGGCGACUACUAAGGAGCUGCAGAUGUGUCAUAGUCUCUCCUACAUUGAGAAGAUUGAAGGAAGCUCCCGAAUGAAACCACGAGACCUGCACAGGAUGGGCUCCGAGUACAACUCCAUUUACAUCAACAACCGGUCCUAUCACAGCGCGCUCCUGGCUGCCGGAUCUACAUUCAGUGUGGUGGAGGCUGUGCUGAAGGGGGAGGUCCAGAAUGGAGUUUGCAUAGUCCGCCCUCCAGGUCACCAUGCAGAGCCGGGUGAAGCCUGCGGGUUUUGCUUCUUUAACAAUGUCGCCUUGGCUGCGCGGUACGCCCAGAGUCUGCAGAGCCCGUCUGAACCUCCGCUAAGGGUGAUAAUUUUGGACUGGGAUAUCCACCAUGGGAACGGGACGCAGCACAUCUUCCAGGACGAUCCAAGCGUCCUCUACGUGUCUCUCCAUCGCUAUGACGACGGCCUCUUCUUCCCGUCCUCUGAGGAUGCCGCACAUGACAAGGUUGGGAGCGGUCGGGGCGAAGGAUUCAAUGUGAACAUCCCCUGGAACGGUGCGAAAAUGGGAGAUGUGGAGUACCUCCUCGCCUUCCACCGAAUCGUGAUGCCCAUCGCCUACGAGUUCAACCCACAACUUGUUUUGGUGUCUGCCGGAUUUGAUGCCGCUCGUGGUGACCCGCUCGGAGGCUGCCGCAUCAGCCCGGAAGGCUACGCCCACAUGACGCAUCUCCUGAUGGGACUGGCAGGGGGCAAGAUAGUGGUGGUGCUGGAGGGUGGAUACAACCUAACGUCCAUCUCGGACUCCAUGUCCAUGUGUACCCGCACGCUGCUGGGUGAUCCACCGCCCAUCUUAUCUGACCUGCACGCCCCGCGCCCGGCAGCCGUACGUGUUAUCUCCAGCGUUCUACAAGUACAUCAGAAAUAUUGGCGCAGCCUGCGGAUAAACACCGGACCUGCUGUAGAAUCUGAGAUGGUAAAAGACCUUCUGUUCUCCCCACACAAGACGGAGCCAAGUAAGGAAUCAGGAUUAUCAUCACCCAAAAACAGAAGUCCUGGGAGGCAGAUCGUCUCGACACCAAGGAAACAUGAAGACGGUGUGACACCUGAGAACGAGGGUGUGCAGCAGAGACUAUCACCAAUGACUGUGCAGAAUGCAGAAGGUGACUCUCCUGGAGGAAGGACGGCCAUGAUCCAGGAUGUAGAGGACAGUAUGAAGCACCCCUCCAUAUUACAGAACCCUGGAGGAGACUUGGUUAUGUCAGAAGGUGACUCUCCUAGAGGAAGGACGGCCAUGAUCCAGGAUGUAGAGGACAGUAUGGAGCACCCCUCCGUAUUACAGAACCCUGGAGGAGACUUGGUUAUGUCAGAAGGUGACUCUCCUAGAGGAAGGACGGCCAUGAUCCAGGAUGUAGAGGACAGUAUGAAGCACCCCUCCGUAUUACAGAACCCCGGAGGAGACUUGGUUAUGUCAGGUGACUCUCCUAGAGGAAGGACGGCCAUGAUCCAGGAUGUAGAGGACAGUAUGAAGCACCCCUCCGUAUUACAGAACCCCGGAGGAGACUUGGUUAUGUCAGGUGACUCUCCUAGAGGAAGGACGGCCAUGAUCCAGGAUGUAGAGGACAGUAUGGAGCACCCCUCCGUAUUACAGAACCCAGGAGGAGACUUGGUUAUGUCAGGUGACUCUCCUAGAGGAAGGACGGCCAUGAUCCAGGAUGUAGAGGACAGUAUGGAGCACCCCUCCGUAUUACAGAACCCCGGAGGAGACUUGGUUAUGUCAGGUGACCCUCCUAGAGGAAGGACGGCCAUGAUCCAGGAUGUAGAGGACAGUAUGGAGCACCCCUCCGUAUUACAGAACCCCGGAGGAGACUUGGUUAUGUCAGGUGACCCUCCUAGAGGAAGGACGGCCAUGAUCCAGGAUGUAGAGGACAGUAUGGAGCACCCCUCCAUAUUACAGAAUCCCGGUGGAGACUUGGUUAUGUCAGGUGACUCUCCUAGAGGAAGGACGGCCAUGAAGGAAGAGUCCUUCUCCAGUCCUGCAUCUCAGGAGGAAGGAGGAUUGUACCACGAGGACAGUUGUGUAAAGCCGGAUCAGUCCUAUGAAGGAGAAUCGCUGGAGCUGGUCAUCGAGCUGCAGGUGACGGACAAGACCCCAGAGAAGGAGAGGUCUAAGCCGGAGGAGACCAGCUCGGUGGAGGAGCUUCUGAGAGACCUGCACUUGGGAGACGAUACAAAGUCUGUAGACAUCGGGUCUCCUGACAGCAAGCCAGUGGGGGGAGCGAGGAAGAAGACCUCCAUGGGGAGACAGUCAGGCGGAGCACAGUACACAGAGUCGCCUGCAGAAGCCACUGGGGGUGAUCCUUUGUCCUCAUAUGAAGCGGACAUGGACCCAUCACUCGUAUUCUCUGGGGAGUUAUUUAGUGUAACACCCUUGCCCUGGUGUCCUCACUUAGAGUCGGUACGGGCGUUGCCUUGUGGUGGAGCGGAUGUGACGGAGCCCUGCGCAGAGUGCGGCACCCUGGUGGAGAACUGGCUCUGUCUGACAUGUUACCAGGUCCUGUGCGGUAGAUACGUCUCGCAGCACAUGAUGUGUCACGGCGUGUCUUGCGGCCAUAAUAUCGUCCUGAGUUUCUCGGACCUCUCUGUGUGGUGCUAUAGCUGUGACGCCUACGUUCACAACGAGGUUCUUAUUCCGGCAAAGCAGUCGGCUUACCGCUCCAAGUUUGGCGAGGAAAUGCCCGGGAUUUAAAAUAUUACGGACAGCAGGAGCCAAGGGGGAGCGGCAGAAGAUUUUAUCACCAUAACUGGACAGAGGGGGCGCUACAACCGCAGAUCAAUGUAUAAUACAACACUGCAGCUGUCAAUCACCUGAUCCCCUUAUUUUUGUAUUUAUGACCCCUCCCCCCUCUUAUUAACCCUUUACAGAAGAUCUGAAGUCCCCCCCCCCCCUCCCCCACGUAUCCGAAUACUGACAAGUUGCCUCCAGCUGUAGAAGGAAACGUUCCGCAAUUGUCUAAUAUACGUUAUUAGAG